UACCAUUGCCGAACAUGGUAAAGAAGAUUUCGCAAUCGGCUGUUCUCCAUGUUACAAACAAAAACACAUUCUGAGCUUCGACAGACUGAUAUAAACGUCUACUUUUUACUUCAAGUUCCUCUAUAUCUACCGACGGGUAACCCCACCGCCGCCUUCUGAAGGCUUCUUCCCAGCUGGACACUUUUUUCUCCACUGCCUGUCACCGAUUCAUUUCUACAUCUGAGGAGACUCCGGUCCGAGAUCAGCACCUGCAGGCAGCACAUCCAAAUGAGCCGGCAAUCGCAGCCGAAAAUCACUUCAGCUGACCACAACGGCGUGAGCGUCAUCCAGAGCAAGGCCCACGCCACCUCGUCCUCUUCGUCCCUGCCGGCAGCCGUCGCCGGACUGCAGCAGGUCCCCCAGCUCGUUCCAGCCAACCCUUCCUCAGCAGGAGGCAAAGCUCUCCCCACAAGCAAGAUGAAGAAACCCACAAUGGACAAGGACAGUGAGGAGUACCGACAGCGACGCGAGCGCAACAACCUGGCAGUGAAGAAGAGUCGCAUGCGCAGCAAGCAGAAGGCGAUGGACACGCAGCAGCGCGUCAACGAGCUGAAGGAGGAGAACGAGCGGCUGGAGGCCAAAAUCAAACUGCUCAGUAAAGAACUGAGCGUGCUCAAAGACCUCUUCCUGGAGCACGCACACAACCUGGCAGACAACGUGCAGCCACCUGCAGGCACCGGUUCCAGCCCCACCCCCAAUAGCAACCCCACCAAUGCACAGUGAGGGGCCGGGUCUCUGGGACUUUAUUUAUCUUCAGGUUGUCUGGAAACAAGCCUCACUUCUUCACUGCUUUUCUCUGUUAUUGUUUACUAUAUUUAACCCCGCCCCCUCACCUGAUCUGUUAAGAGGUCACUUGGAGGCCCCGCCCCCUCACCAGAUCUGUCAGGGCAUCACCUGAAAGCCCCGCCCACUCACUGUUUAGAUGCUUUUUUGAUUUUUAAAAUGUAUUUUAAAUAAGAAAAGAAUAAUUUUGUGCUGAUUGGACAAAGAUGGAGGUACUGAUCCUCUGACUGGUUUGGACAACAGUGGUGUCAGACUUUGGCGCCGACCCACUGGGUCAGCAGGAGGCAACGGUUCCACUUCCUGUUGGCUCCUCUGGAAGCUCUUCAUCAUCUUUUCUGUCCUUUAAGUUUCCAGACUGAAGUAUUUUCACUACACGCCGAUGUUUAAAGGACGAUUCUUGUUGAUUGUGACAGUCUGGGUCUGGACCAGAACCGGUUCUGACUGUUCGGUAGAAACAUUAAAAUGACCCAGUUCUUACAGGC